CGUCGUUACCGCUUCUUGAUCCGCAUAAUACUCCCUCUAAUUGGCGUCUACCUCUUGUAUCUAAUUGCCUACCGUCCUGAAAACUGGAUAUCGGAUACAUACCCAGGACUUGCUUCACCUUCUCAUGGCUCGGACGUAAACUGGCUCGAACGACAGCAACAAGUCCGUAAAGCAUUCCAACACGCAUGGUCCGCAUAUGUACGUGACGCAUGGGGCUGCGAUGAAUAUCAUCCCAUCUCGCGGCGUGGAUCCAAUUUGACCACACAGGGAAUAGGAUUCACAAUCGUCGAUUCAUUAGAUACGUUAUUCCUCAUGAAUCUGACGGACGAAUUUCGUCGUGCUAGAAACUGGGUUGCAAAAGAAUUGGACUUUGACAUUGAUGGGGAAGUGAAUUUGUUCGAGACUACCAUUCGUGUGUUUGGUGGUUUAUUGUCGGCGUAUAAUCUUUCCGGAGACAUGGAGUUCUUGUCGAAAGCAGUAGAUUUGGCCGAUCGUCUUCUUGGUGCUUUUUUGUCACCUACGGCAAUACCAUACGCGUCUGUCAAUCUGCGCCGAAAAAGUGGCGUCGAGGCCCAUUUUGCUUCUGGAGCUAGCUCGACGUCAGAGGUUACGACGUUGCAACUGGAAUUUAAAUAUUUGAGUCAUUUGACUGGUGACGAGAAGUACUGGAAGAAGGUUGAAGAAACGAUUUUUAAGAUUGAUUCCUUGGAACGACUUGAUGGACUG